AUGUUAUUGUGCACUCGACUCUUAAUUUGUUCACCGCAUACAGUUACGCUUGUGGUUGACCAGUUGUUGGCCUCCGCCUCGCAAUCCAUGAACGGCAACCAUCUCAGCCAGUGCAGAGUACGAGCAGUAUCCAUCAGUGUUCUCACGGAUCGUCGGCAGGUCCUUGACCGCGUACUCGACUGCUGCCUUCCUCGAGUCCUGCUGCACCUUCGGCGAUUCCAGGGCAGCGCCUUAUUGCCCGCCAGCCCAGCCAUGCUAUACAGCAGGCCUGUCAGAAACCCUUUGGCGUUGGCCUGCAUCGGAAUUAAGCAUUAUGUCCCGAUGCACUAA